UAAAAUUACUUCUGUCGUCGAGUAAAGAAAUAAUAAAAUCAUCGUCGACGAAUUUAAGGCGAGGUAAAUUUUUGCCAAACGACAUAUCAGUCAGAAGCACUUCCUAUUAUCUGCUGUUGGGUUGGUCGCCUUUAGUCUCCGCAAGAAAAGAUGGAUUUAAGUGUUCGUAGAAGAAUUUUAAGUAUUUUAUCGUGUUGACGUUAAGUCUCUUAGUCUCUGUUAAUGAUUUGAACUUAGAAUUAUCGCGGUAGUGGCAAGUUUUUUUAGGAAAAAACGUUAUGAAAUGAUUUGAUAUUAGGCCUAGCUGCUGACUGACUAAUCUUGCUUUGGGUUGGGAUUUGUUAUUUUUCAACGACCUCAAAACUUGGCCUUCGACUCGUAUUCAAUCCGUUUUCUUGUGGUGCGUGUGUGUGUGUCAAAGGAAGGUAAUAAUCCCCCUAGCGGCGCCCUCGGAAACCGAGAUGAGAGAGUUUAAAGUGGUGGUCCUGGGAAGCGGAGGAGUGGGCAAGAGCGCCCUGACGGUCCAGUUCGUCUCCGGCAUGUUCAUGGAGAAGUACGACCCCACCAUAGAGGACUUCUACCGCAAGGAGAUAGAGGUGGAUUCGGCGCCCUGCGUCUUGGAGAUACUGGAUACCGCGGGUACCGAACAGUUCGCCUCCAUGAGAGAUCUCUACAUCAAGAACGGCCAGGGUUUCGUGGUCGUCUACAGCAUCACGAAUCACCAGACGUUCCAGGACAUCAAAAACAUGAAGGAACAGAUCAUGCGUGUGAAGAACACGGAUCGCGUGCCGAUUUUACUAGUCGGAAACAAGAUGGAUCUGGACAAUCUGAGAGAGGUCACCCCCGUGGAAGGAAUGGGGUUGGCACAGUUGUGGGGCUGCCCGUUUAUGGAAUCUUCUGCCAAAAAUAAGUGCAAUGUUAACGAGGUUUUUGCCGAAAUAGUCCGAGAAAUGAAUUACACACCGACUAAAGAAAAACAGAAUUACUGCUGCUGUUCGGUUCUCUGAUAACGGUGUAUUUGCAAAACUAAGAGGACAUUUUUCAUUUCUUCAUCUAUUCAAGGAUGAUACAGAACUAUACAUCUGUCUUUACAUCAUGAAGUUAUGUAGUGAUAAUGGCUUGUCAGAGGUGCUUCAGGAAUCUUCCCCUCAUGACAGGGUAUAACUACAUUAAAAUUUAAAAUUUUCUGAAAAACAUCAUGUCAUAUUUAUCACUUUUGAGACGAGAGUUCCUACACGUGACCAGUGCAUGGAUUAAAUUCUGUGGGAACGGACCGAUGGCAGCAGCGUCUUUUUCUGUAAGUGUUUGUGAAUUUAAACCGGAUGCUUCAAUCUCAGAGCCCCUUGGACCUAUGCCUCAAAUCGUCGGGACCGGUUUGUUUCUGGCGGUUUGAUGGGAUCGUCUCAUCUCGUCAUCGGUCGAUAAAUUUUUAACAAAUAGCAAUCUGUAACCAAAGUUAGAUACCUCAAAUUUAUCUUAGGCCACAAUAAGAGAAAGGCCACAAAUGAAUCACUAUGCCAAAAUAUAUAUAUUUGUGAUUUGAUAUCGUGUUUUGUCCGUGAAUUUCUAUUCUGUAGUCCAGCACUUAUGUAUUUGGAAUGCUUCCAAAAAGUUUAGAUUAGCUGAUAAUUCUAAAAAAUAUCUAUAUCUUAAUCCAUAUCUCAACCUAUCCAAUCAUCAUAAUAAUAAUAAUAAUAAUAAUAUUUAGAACAAAUUAAUUUAAUAUUCAGUUAGUAUAAUCGGUAUUACUUUUUUAGAUAUCGUGUUUGUCCAUUUAAUAAUGAGGGAAUAGAUUUGUAUUUUACAGAAGUCAUCCAGAAUUAUAUAUAAAUACAUAUAUACAUAUAUAAUAUAACAGUUUGAAAUUAUGAUGUUAUUUAUAUAAAAUAUUUUCAUUUAUAGCAAUUAUUUCCAUGAGAUUUUAUUAUCACUCGAGGAAUAUUUUGAUUUGAAAUGUAUACAUUUAUUUUGAAAGUUGACCAAGUCGCAUCUAGGCAGUUUAACCAGGCAAAAGUUGCACGCGUGAAUAAUUUUCUUUUCGGGUGAAAAUGUUCGAACCAAGCUUUAAAUUUAUAUGUCCUUUGUAGCAAAACUGCAAUGUUCGUAGCAAUACGAGAGAGUCGUGCAUUGCAACUUCCUUUCUACGAAUCCGGAAACUCAUUUGUGUCUGAUUUUUUUUUUUAACUAAAAGUACAAUUCUCACAGAGACUUUAAUCUUAGAUGAGGGAACACAAUCUCAAAGUUAAUCACCAAGUGCAUUCAUGGUGAUUUCAGACAUACGAAUACUUGGUGCCUUAAAAGUGGAGAUACCUAAGGCAUCUCGGAAAAAUUAUCAUCCAAAAUGAAUUUUUUUUUAAUCGGAUUUUAUAAAAUUUUGUCGUCACAGAAAAGCUUAUUUUGAUGUAAAUGACAUAUCUGCCGUAGCAUUAGCGAGCUUUCUAUUACAAAGUAUUUUGCUAUGUCGACUUGGAACGACGAUGACAGCAGGGUUUGCAUCAUCGGUAACGUUCUCCCGUAUCAUCUUUUCAGUGCAAAUUGCCACGACGUGAUUAUAUCAUGCAACAUAUUGAAGUAUACUAUGGACGCAAACCCUGUCACCCGUCGUACCAGUACCAAUUGGUCAGACGGUAUCGUUGUCGUCGUCGUCAAAUAGGUUGGUUUUAAAAUAGUUAAAGAUUGCUUUUGUCGGUGAACUUCAUUCCAUCUAAACGUAACGGACGGUCAUGGGUGGCAACUUCUGCGUUCAGCCAACACGCGGAGGAGGCAAGGACCGUCCGCAACAAAAGGGAAGAGUUGCCACUCUGAGGUCACGUUCAACUUGCAUAUAAAAAUGAUGUGAAGUAAGAUGUUGCAAUAUCUGUGAAUUUGUAAUAAAUAUUUUAUAAUAAAACUUCAGCUGUAUCUUAAAA